CUCCAGUCUCAUACCCCGGGCUUGUCACAGAUGGGUCUACCUGCCCUGCCUGCCCUGCCUUGCCUCCGCCACGCAGACAGGCGGUGCAGGGCCACUGAUGUCUUCAACAUCCAAAGGCAUUCAGAGUAUCGCCACAACGGCACUCUGGGUGGCCUGAGAGAAUGAAAUGUAUGAGACGCCCUUCAAAGCAACUUUGCCAGAGCAGCGGCCAAGUCCGGCGGUGAGCGGGCGUCUUGUUACACGACCUGACGCGCAGUGGCGCAGCGAAGACACUGAGCAUUGUCGGCCUGUGUUGGGCUUCGGCAAUGAUAGGUACAUGCAUGAAAAGGCAACAAGGCGGCAGAUAUCGUUUCCAGCCGCCUGUAUGGACUUCCCGAACAGUGAAGUCAUUUCAACUCACUACUACGUGGUCUCACUGGUGACUAGUACUUCGUACGGUCUCACGACUGCACUUCCUCCAUCGGACAAGAGAUAGCAUCUUCGUUCCCCAAACAGCUUCACUGAGCCAUGGCUGGUCUAUCUUCACUGCUCCACCCUUCUCCAAACAAGCGGCGUAGACUGGAAGCGCCCCUCGACUACGCCGGAUAUGCGACGUUAGAUCAAAAUGCGACGUCUGACGUUGAUGAGUACUGCGAGUCGGCCGAUAGCCACUUAACAGCCGCGGCAGGAAAUCAGAGUUACUCAUCGCUGCAUCUGGAGCCAUGGGGGUCGGCCACUCACCAGGGUACCGCUUUGAAUCAGCAGCAGCAUGGUAGCUCACUCGUCACGCUUGACCUCAACCCGAGUCAUCAGGUUCUCCAGCCGCGAUAUGAGACGCUCGACACAAGCUCUGCUGUGACCUUCGAACCAAACUUUGCAAUGAAUGCCCCAGACGGCAGUUAUUUUGGCACGUUUGUGGACCCAGCCCAGGCUACUGCACUGCAAACAGGGACCAUUUCAUGGCCAGAAACAAGGUUCCGCCCCAGAGACUUGACACUUGAACCUCAAACUACCUGCAAUCUGGUCGGCAAUACGUCAGGACAGCGCUACCAAGCCUUCGCGGUGUCAGAGAUACUCAGUCCCUCGAACCGGGUUCAGCAAUUCGAGGACACACGGAGCCAAUUUGAUUGUGAACAUGAAGGAAUGGUUGAGAAUGCCAAUGACACGCAAGGCAUGGAGCACGCCAGUGGCUCUGAGCUUGUCUGCUUUGGCAUGUUUGUUCGAAUUCUCGGGACCUGCCAACGAUUUGCCUCUGAAAAUGGCCCAGUCUUCCCCGUCAAGCUGGAAAAUCUGGAGCAUUUUGUCGGAACAGAUAACCCGAAUCUCAAGGGCUGUAUUUCCUCUCAGCAUACGUAUCUUACGGAUGCGCUCUUGGAAGUACCAAGUCUCAAGUUGCAGGUUUCCUGUACGGUUUCUGUCGAUCCCCCCAAGUUAUCGAGCAGCGGCAAGCCUCGUCACACUCCUCGCGCCACAACCAAUUGUUCUCUGGACAUUAUCAUCUACGGACCCCGCACACUCUAUGAUUCCAUUGACAGAUUCAUUUCUGAUUGCAACGAGAACCUUGAAGACGACCAGAAACUAUACUUACAGGACCCCAUUGCUUGUGAUUUGGAUGUGCCAUAUUGCAAUCCGCAUCGUCUUCCGCCUUCGGAUUCGAACUGCACUGUCUCAACUUUUGACCUAGUACCAAAGCGCACGGGUUUGCAGAAAUUGGACGAUUCCGAGCCACGGACAGAGCUGCUAGACCUCCUCGACUCGCAGGAGGAUUUCACGGAAUCUAGGCCGCCAGCAACAAUUACCACCCAGUUAAAGAAACAUCAGAAGCAAGCACUUACGUUCAUGCUGUGCAGAGAGCAAGGUUGGGCAUUCGACGGAUCCAGACCAGACAUAUGGGAAGGAGUAGAGUCUGGACGGGAAGAAUGGUCUUUGGCCCCAAGCCGUAGCCUGAGACAACACGCGCCGCUAACACAUUUAAAGUUUUGUCAAUCGAGUGACGAACACCCGUCAACCAGAGGAGCCACCUCCAUUUCAUGGGGGCAUUAUUGCAGACCCCAUGGGUUUCGGCAAAACACUGACAAUGAUCGCUCUCAUAGCAUCAGAUGCGAACCAUCCCGUGCCUACUAAUGUGCUUCCAUUUGCUGGUGCCUUUGAGGACGAGCCUUGUGGACUGACAUUAGUUAUAGUCCCCCCCGCCUGUACGUGC